AUGAAGAAUGGCAUUAGCAAAGCCAUCUAUAACUCUGGAGAUGCCAUCCAGCUUGUAAUGUUUGGUUCACUUGGAAAUGUGUCAAAGUUUUUUGUGGAGUUUACCAGCCCUGAAGAAGUCAGCAACUAUUUUGCCUUCAAUGUUACAUCUGCACUCUGCCUGACUGCAUCAGUUCUCGAUGCUUUUCCCAAACGUCCAGGUUUCCAUAGGACUAUUGUCAAUCUCAGCUCACUGUGUGCAAUCCAGCCGUUUAAGUCCUGGACAUUGUACUGCACAGGAAAGGCUGCACGGGACAUGAUGUUUAGGAUUUUGGCUGCAGAAGAACCUGAUGUGAGAGUCCUUAACUAUGCUCCAGGUCCUAUGGAAACAGAUAUGAUGAUGCAAGCUUGCAAAGAAACAGGAGAUGAAGAAAGUCGUCAGGCAAUGGUUAAUAUGCAUCAGAAAGGGCAGCUUGUUGACAAGCAUGUUUCAUCAAAGAAACUAGUAAACCUGCUGCUACAGGAUAAUUUUGAGUCAGGUGCCCAUGUGGAUUUCUAUGAUGUAUGACUGAAUGUGUUACACUUUGUGAAGUAGCUUCAUGAGUCAACUGCUCAUUGCGGUUGAGGCCUGCAUAAUAAAUAGUCAAGCUGUUUCAUUGUUAAAUUGCUGCUUUUAUUUUAAUGAAUAAUCUCCAGUAUUCAUGUAUUAUAAUCCAAAAAGUGCAUCCCUUUGAAAAGACAGUAAUCCAGAGCGCAUAGUCUGCAGUGUAGUUUGCAUUUAAAUUAUACAUAUAGGUAUAUUUGUAUGUGUGUACGCACACAUAUGCACGCCGGGCAUGUAGUGCAGAUGCAUCCUGUGUUCAUCUGCUCUUCAUUCUUUACAUAUUUAUAAUAUUGUAAUGUACUCUACCAAGUCAGUGUUUGAUUUCCUAUAUUUUAAAAUCAGCUUCAGUUCUUCACAAUAUUCUCUGAAAAAUGAAUGUUCUUCCAACACUGUUUUCUUUCAUUUGUAUUAUAGCUGCUGCUGUGUACACCCCCACAGCCACGUGCUGAGACCAUUUCAUGCAUACAUUUAAGUAUUACAGCCGUUUGAUCUAAUUUAAUGUUUCACUAGUAUGUUGACAUCUUGGCCUACUUUUUGGUACUUUUUGGCAGGUUUAAUUGUAAAUAUGACCCCAUCAUUAACUACGAAUACACAAAUACCACUUUUUGUCUGUAUGUCGUUUUGCCUUUUGUGAGACUUAUUACAUUUUUGCUUGUUGUAUACUAAAUUUCACUUUGUACCCAUUCCUCAAGUGUGUUAUCAAGAAUUUUAAUAAAAAUGGUGUUGCUGUCA